AUGAACUCCUCGUCGGCGUCGGCAUCCGCAUCUACCACCACCCAAUCAAAGCGCCCUGACCACAACCGCCACGACACCAGCGACUCCCAAGUCAGCGACCAUGCAUCCCAUGUGCAGCACCGACCGAAGCCCCAGAAGCACGUCGUAGGAGCCGGUGGACGCUUGCACCCUCGUACCAACUCGUCCAAGGCCUUGCCCAAAUACCACGGCGCGGCCACAGCAGCCCGCCCAAACCACCCAAACCACCCAAACCGACGACAACCAUCCCCCUCCCCCGAAAGGUCGCCUAUGCUCCCCCAGGCCCAGACCCAUCGUCGCGCCACUUCCGACCUGAAGCUGCCCAAGGUGCCCUACGACGACGACCUCAACGCCCUCGACGCGCUCGACGCCAACACUGUCCUCAACUCUGCCCUGAAGAAGAACCACUCGCACUCGAGCCUGUCGACCAAACGCAAUCGCUCCCACGUCGACAUCGCCAAGCGCAACAAGUCGGCCGCCAACAUCAGGCGCUCCUCCUCCCACAAGGACGUUCACAGGUUGAAAGGCCCCAAGAGCCAGGUCCACUUCGAUCUGGGCAACGACGGCCAGCAGGAAGACGAAUGGGUCGACGCCAGCGCAUCCGCAUCGCCGUAUAUGUCAAGACGUAGCUCUGUUAACCACAGCAGCGCGUCCCCCGCCAAACCACCCCCAAGCAAGGAGGCCGUUAGUGAGGACAAGUCGCGACCGAAUACACCCGAGGACCAUCCGCUCUCUGACGAACAGGACGAACAAGACGACCGCGACGAUCAGGACGAACAAGACGAACCAGACGAACGGGAUCCCUCGCCCAGCCGCGAGGUUGCUGAGCACAAUAGCUACAUCACUUCUAGAUUAUUGCGGCGUACACCCUCCCACAGCGCACCACCUCAGAUGUCUGCCGAAACCGCCUCCGUCCCACCCCAUGCCGUGUCGCCUGCAUCUCAGACGAGCCAUGGCCCACCAAGCCUCUAUGGAACUCCCAAGACGAGCACAUUUGUGGGCAGCGGACCCGAGGAGCUCACGUCUCGCUUCGUUAAUGGCGCUGCCGUGGACGUGGGUGCAAAUGGAGAGACCGGAUCCUAUUUCACACCUAUACGUGCAGAGGGUUCCCGCAGCGAAAGUGCACGCUGGCCACGAUCGCUCGGCAGUCUGAGUCGGGAACAUCGCGACCCGGCUAGUGGCGAGGAGGAUGAUAGUGCCCUGGCACCCCGGACGAGGAGAGUAGCACAGAGAGCCGCGCCUGCAGGACAGUCUCGCACCCAGCAGAAGCUGAAUCUGCAACGCGCAAGCUCCACCAUCGAGCCGGCACAGGCAGGAGGUGGCGUCGGCGUGGUUGGCGCAAGCCCUCUAGUAGGCGGCACUGAUUACGAUAAUCGCGACCCCCGAAUAGGAAAGCUUCUGGAGCGAACGGGCAUGGAAUACAUGGUGGUCCGACGAUAUCAGAAUCCCAUCGCUCGAUCGAUAGCGCGUCUGUCGCAGCUGCCCAGUGUCAACAAGAACCAGCGAAUACAGAAACCCAACGGGGUCAACGGCGCCCCACACAGCAAGAAGCUAUCCGAAGGACGACUCGCUGUAAGCCAAAGCCUUGUAGACAUGGCCAGAUCGAGACCUGUGACACCGCGACGGUCGACCUCGAUCAGGACGCCGCAUGGGGCGAGCUCUAGCUUCGAUGCCAAUGAAGACGGGCCUCACGAUCGAAUGAGCGGGUCGAUUUAUGUAGACGGAAACAACGACGGUGUGGCCGCGAUUCUACGGAAUCUUUGGGAUAAGAACAUGGACCUGGGCGCGAGUCAGGAUUGA